AGCAGCCGCACUUAGCUAGCUGCGUCAGAAAUAGAUGCAAAAACUGCAGUAUAUCAAACAUUUAGGUUAUAAACACCAGAGGACCGGUUUGUUCAGGGUCAGCGCUCCGCCUGUCGAGUUUAAAUUGUGGUGUUUGCGCGAUGAAGGCACUGACUUUGCAGCAGGCAAACGUGCCCCAAGGAGAGCAGCAGCAGGCCACAUGUGGGCGAAGUUUGUCUUCCAACUACGUUCCCCUGAGUCUGGAGAAUAAGUUUUUAAGUCAGACCUCCACGCUGAUGCCUCAGCCCUGCUCUCCACUCUUUAACUUUGCAGCACAACCUUCCUCUUGCCCCUCGCUUCAGCCCUCCAGCCUGUCUUCCACCUCAUCCUCCCUUCUCUCCACCUCUUCCUCCUCGCCUUCUUUCGCCUCUCCUCUCCUCAGCACCGAGAACAAGCUCCUAGCGAGCCGCUCGCCUCUCUCUUUUUCACUGACCUCUGUUCCCAGUGACUCUCUGCUCUCCACAUCCCUGGCCAGCAGUGCUCUGCUCAAUCGCUUUGCUCACCCUCCUUCGUUCCUACAUCAUGUUCUGGGUGAAGAACAGAAGAGGGAUGAUGAAGAAGAAGAAGACAGAGAGGAAACAUCUGAGGCGAUGCAGUCCUGUUUUGAAGAAACAAGUGUGACACAUUCUGAGGAAGAUGAUGUUUUGUCUGAAGAGGAGAUGGAGGAGGUUGAUGCUGGGACAGCCAUGGAGUUACCUGUCCUGAAAGCAGAGUUGGGCAACCAGGAAAUCGAACAAGCUGUGGUCAUCAGGCAGGAGGAAUUCGCUGAGCUUCAUAAAAGAGAUGAUAAGAUUGAAGAGGAGCUGAAAGACAAAAAGUAUCUCCUGCUCAACGCAGUGUGUUGCUCCCUGGUCAAUAAGAGCAAAGCUCCAGGCCAGAAUGACUGGGACUCACAGAACAGCGUUUGGACCAGGAUCACAAACCUGGCGAAGGACAUUUCUGUCCAUGACCCACAGUUUCUUCUCAAGGUGGCAGUUUACACUCGACAGCAGUUGAACAUCCGCAUCACGGCAAACUUUCUCUUGGCACUGGCUGCCAAUCAGACGCCCACCAAGCCACAUGUCCGCAGAUACUUCUGUGCCGCUGUGCAGCUGCCCUCAGAUUGGCUGGAAGUUGUGAGGAUCUACAGCACAUGUUUCAGCCACUCCCUGCCAAUGUGCCUGAAGAAGGCAAUGGCUGACAAGUUCAAGCAGUUCAGCGAGUACCAGCUGGCAAAAUACAACACACGCAAACACCGCUGCAAACACAACAAGCGCAAAGCCAAGAAACCAAAUGAUCAGCUGCUGAAACAGUGGGCCAACUUGGUCAGAUCAGAUGCGUCUAUUCUGGAGAAGUUUUUGAAGGGCAACAAAGAGGUGUUGGAUAAAAAGCAGAGUCAGUUCAGUCUGAAGAAGAUGAUCAGGAGGCUUCACAUCAAAGAGCCGGCUGAUCACGUUAUGGCCAUCCUGGGAAGAAAGUAUCCUGCUGACCUGAAGGCGUUCACCCGCAGUGGACUGAAGGGCGUGUGGGAAAGGGAUCGAGCCGGCCAGCGAAUGAAGCUCAAAGAGCCAGAGACGUGGGAACGGCUGAUGAGUCUGGAGGGCAACAAUGCCGCCACCUGGGAGAAGCUCAUAGACAAUAAGUCUCUUCCGUUCAUGGCCAUGCUGAGGAACCUGAGGAGCAUGAUCAUAAAGGGCAUCAGUGAGGCUCAUCACAAGAAGAUCCUCAGCAGACUGACCGAUAAGAAAGCUGUCAUUCAGAGCCGACAGUUUCCCUUCAGAUUUCUCGCCGCCUACAAAGUCAUCCUGGAGCUUCAAACUAUGGCCUCAGCAUCACAGCAAGCGCUCCCCCCUGUUAAAGACAUCCUGAAGGGCAUCCUGAAGAAGAUUCCCAAGAGCAAGCGCUUCAGUAGUCUGAGCUGGGACGACUCUCCACGGAAAAGGAUCAGGGUGGCACUUAGGGUGCCGUUUGUCUAUCGACAGUACCGAAUGAAGAAGGCCGAGCUCACAAAGGCCAAUCGGAGGCUGUACACCGUCGCUCUGCUGGACCGUUACCGCAAAGCCCUGGAGACGGCGGUGCAGAUCUCCUGUCGUUACAAUGUGCCCCCGCUCCCUGGACGCACCGUUAUCCUGCUCUCCAAUAACAUAGGGACCGAUGAGCUCCUGAAACAGGACUUCUGCCUGCCGCCAGACCCCGAGCAAAAAAAGGAGGAGGAGAAAGACGGGGAGGAAGACGGGGAGGAAGGGAGCAGAGGGAGCAAGAAAAAAGAGGAAGACAAGCUCACUCCUUCCUUGAUGGAGGUGGCAGUUUUGCUCUCCCUGAUGAUUGGCAGCAGUGCCGAGGACUUUCAGCUCUUCUUAAGUGACUGGAAUCACAAUGAAGAAAUCAAGCUGAAGUCUGAUGUUCUCUUGGAUAACGUCAGGACUGUGAUGAAGCAAAUAAAGGCAUACAGUCAAAAUCCAUCAAAUGAACAAAAAAAUAACCUCUCCACCGUGUUCACCAAGAGAAACAAGGUGGACAACAUCAUUGUGUUGUCCCACUACUGGAUCAAUGGUAAUAUCGAGUGGGCCAUCAACAACUACAGGAAGGACAUCAACAACAAAGCCCUCAUUGUGAAAAUCCUCCUGUCUGACAGAGAGCUAGCAUACGUCCCUGACAGCAACUGUGUGCAGCUGACAGGCUUCAGUGAACAAAUGCUGAGGUUUGUGGCAGAACGAGGAUCAUCCAGGCUGCUGGACCAUGUGGAGCAUUUAGACAAACUGUACAACAUCCCGCCACCAGAGGGAGCUAAAGCCCCCCAGGCCACAAGCAAUGUCGUUCCAAUUCCAGCCAGCCCAAAGUUAAGGUGGCGAGGUGUUCGAGUGUUUAUCUCCUCCACCUUCAGAGACAUGCACGCUGAGCGCGACAUCCUGGUGCAGAGCGUGUUCCCGGAGCUUCGGCGUCGCGCUGCGUCACACUGCCUCUACCUGCAGGAGGUGGAGCUGCGCUGGGGUGUGACGGAGGAGGAGUCGGGGCGGACCGCCGAGCUGUGCCUGUCAGAGGUGUGUCGCAGCCAGAUGCUGGUAGGAAUCCUUGGGGAGAGGUACGGCCUGGUGCCUCCCAAACCUGACCUCCCUGACCUGCCACAGCACAGCUGGUUGGCGUCGGCCCCGGCAGGCCUGUCCGUCACAGAGCUGGAGAUCCGUCAGUUCCAGGCUCUGCACCCCGACACGGCACACCAGCUAAUGUUCUGCUACUUCAGAGAUCCAAACGUCAUCAAAUCAGUUCCGGUGUCUUGGAAGUCCGACUUUGCUCCUGAAUCAAAGGAGGCUGAGUCGAAAAUGGCCUCUCUGAAGAGAAUGAUCCGGGCCAGUGAAGUCAAGGUCACUGAAAAUUACUCGUGUGAGUGGGGAGGCGUUGUGGAUGGGAAACCAUAUCUGAAAAACCUGGAGGACUUUGGCAAAGCCGUGCUGGACGACCUGUGGACGGCUGUAGAAAAGCAGUUUGUGGAGGAGGAUGAGGAGGCCGAGGCUGUGUCUAACGUGACUGAGCAGGAGGUACACCAGGGGGCGCUGCAGAGGCAGUUCUUCGGCAGGGCGAAGGUGCUGGCCGGGGCUGUCGCGAUAGUGGAGCAGGUCCAGACCAAAGGAGGGGUGAUGGUGGUGGAGGGAGGACCUGGAGAGGGAAAAACUGUCUUCAUGGCUGCUUUCGCAGACGCCAUCAGGACUGGAGUUAAAUCCAGGACAGACCUCGUCUACAAUGUCAUCUCGUACUCUACAGCUGCCAGCCAAUCAGCAAGCUCUGUGGAAAACCUGCUUCGAUGCCUCGUUCAGUGGUUGAGGAAGAUGAAAGAUACUGAAGAGGGAUCACCUCUUCCCCUUUCUUACAAAGAUUUGCUGCUAGAGUUUCGCUCCAGUUUGAGCGACGUGAAGAAAAAACCUCUGGUGCUGCUAGUCGAUGGGGCGGACCUUGUCCGAGACGGCAGAGGACAGCUCAGCUGUGAUUGGAUACCAGAGCAGCUUCCACAGGGUGUUUGUUUGGUAGUGAGCGUCACAUCCAAAGCAGCACUGUUACAAACCCUGGCCAAGAAGAACAGCACCGUCCUGUUUUCCCUGGGACAGCUUACCAUGCCGGACCGGAAGGAGAUAGUUCAGAAGGGACUCGACACCUUCGGGAAGAAACUCAGCGACUCUGCAUUCAACAACCAGCUCCAGACGCUGAUCAUGAAUAAGGGAGCAGCAAGUCCUCUGUACCUGCACCUGGCCUGUGAAGACCUGAGGAACUUUGCAACCUUUGAUAAGCUGAAGGAUAGUCUUCAGGACUUGCCUCAGUCUCUGGGCCAGUUGGUGCAACACAGCCUGAACAGACUCUGCUCGCAGUACAGAGGCGUGCUGGGACUCCGCUGGGCCCUGGCAGCACUCACUGUCAGCACCACCGGCCUGCGGGAGAGAGACUUGUACUCUGUACUGAACACAUGCAGCGACCUCUCCUCAAGGGCCGGACAGGUCACAUGGCAGGAAGCACUGCGUCUGUCCAGGAAGCCCAAAGGACGCAUACCCAUGGCAACCUUCACUCGUUUAGUGCAGAGUUUAAAAAGUCUGAUUGGUCUGUCUCAUUGCCCCGACACUGACGACCUGCUGGCUCUAACCAAUCCGGAGGUGAGGAGGGCCUUUGAGGACUUUGUCCUCCCAACAGAAAGUGACAGAACCAGAGCUCACCUCAUACUGGCGGCUCAUCUGUGGGCCCUAGCUGACCAGCAGGGCAUGGAUACCUUCCUUCACUGUGAGGCCAAUUCUGUCAAGCACCUGCCUUCCAACCUGAUUCAGAGCGGCCAGCUGGAGGCACUUCAUUCCCUGCUCUCCAGCUACUACUUCCUGUAUGCAAAUGUGCGCCACGGCCUCCUGCACCAGCUCCUCGAGACCUACAGCUUGUAUGAUAAUGAGCGAAUGUCUGCACCAUCAAUUGGCUUCCAGGAUGGUCUAGCUGACUGCCGGAGUUUCCUGCAGCGUCACUCCCUCCUGCUCUCCUCCUGGCCGGCUCUUUACAUUCAGCAAGCCCUCAACGAGCCUCUGCAGAGCUCUGCUCACACGUGGGCACAAGGCCUGGUGGUAAAAGGAGGGGUCCGGGUAGUUGAGUGGCUAAACAAUGACAACCAGCUCCUUCAGGAGUCCAGCGAGCUGGUGUCGACCUUCUCCUCUGAACCGACCUGUUUGGUUGUGAGCUUGGAUGAAAAGCUGAUGGUGGUUGGCACUGGACAGGGAAUACUGUAUUUCAUCAACAUGCAAACUGGACAGGAAGUGAAAUCACUGGUGAGCAGCUGUGAUGGCAUCUCGAGCUGCGUCUUUCUUAAGGAUGGACGUCUUGCCACCACCUCCUUCGAUGGACGGAUAGAGGUCUGGGACGUCGGGAAUGGCUGCAGGACUGCCCUUAUUGAUGCCCACACUAAUGCGAUAACAGCAAGUGAUACCUCUUCGGACAGGAAGCACCUUGCCACUGUGUCUCUAGACUCCAUGCUGAAAGUGUGGUCCACAGCUAAAGGUCGUGAGGUAGCAGCCCUGCUCACCUCCAGUCCUUUGAACUGUGUGACCUUUCACCCCGAGGACCACCUGCUGGCUGUUGGUUGCUGGAAUGGGAAUGUGAUCGUGUGGAACUGGCUCCAGAAUAAAACUCUCACGCCUCUGUCCGGUCACCAGAGCUCAGUGCGCAGUCUCUCCUUCUCCUCCUCCUCCUCCUCCAUGCUCUGCUCUGGCUCUGUGUCUGGAGAGGUCAGGGUGUGGUCGGUGCCCACCUCCACCUGUGUGGGAUGUUUCCAGGCGCACUUUGGAGCCACGGAGUCCCUCACCUUCCUGGAUGAAGGGAGCAUGCUGCUGAGCGCCGGCUCCGAUCACACGCUCCAGCUCUGGUCAGCGGGACUCGGGCGUUCCGUCUCCUCGUUAAAAAGUGAUGAAUGCGAGCAGGAGCCUCCUCUGAAGAAACGGAAGUCUGCAGCCUCUGAGCCUGCUGCGGCUCUGUGUGUGGCUGUUAAUGGAGACUGCGUUGCUGUAGGGUACCAUGGUGCGGGCUUCAAACUCUUCAGUCUUAACCCAGUUGAGACGAUCUGGACCACCGAGGACCUUGAUGUGUCCACGCUGAGCCUGCUGUGGGUCACUGUGGACGCGGAGCAGACCGAACCUGAGCUGCUGCUGUCUGCAGGAAGUGACAGAUGUGUGAGGGUCUGGAAGAGAAAAGGAGGAGAGGAAGGGAUUUGUGCAGGCCUGGAACUGUUGGGAAAGUCCAGUGUGCAAGCAGGCGCCGUCCUGGCAUUAGCACAGAACUCCACAUACCUGGCUACAGCUACAGAUGACUGGGUUAUCUAUCUGUGGAAACUGAAGAAGCUUCCCCUCAACCACUACGUCGACCCUUAUCAUAUCCUACCGGGCCACAGUGCAGGAGUCACCUGUGUGGCCUUCAGCCCGGAUGGUAACCUGCUGCUGUCUGGUGGAAAAGAUCAGUGCCUGCUGGUGUGGGAGGUGAGCGGGAAUGUUUCCCUCUCCAAGGCCCUCCCUCACUCCCACAAAGACUGGAUCACCAGCUGCGUUUGGACUCCAGACUAUGUGAUCAGCACUUCAGUCGAUGGGCGACUUUGUGUCACGGAUCCGCAGACCGACCAGUGCCUCAGAGAAAUUUCCUGGGGAAGUCCUCUCACAUCUGUCUGCUGUGUGGGACAGUAUGUGAUCGCCAGCUGUGCAGAGGGAGCGCUACAUGUUUGGAACCAGGAAAAGAACGCAGAAAUCUGCCACCUCGCUGCACACAAGCAGCGUAUCAACCACUGCUCGCUCCUGCCAAAUACAGAUGAAACCAAAGAGGUCAACCCAGAAGACAUGACUGUUCUCACUACAUCUGAUGAUGGCACAGUGAAGCUCUGGAAGCCACUACAGGUGGAGCACUUCAGCUCCUUCCAGGGUCACAGCGGUGCGAUAAGUGGAGUUGUUUGCAAAGAAGGACUCCCAGAAUUCCUCACUGUGUCUGAAGACUGCUCAUUGCGAUGCUGGACAUGGACAACAGAGGGUCCCCCCACACAGAGGGGCCCAGUCACAGCACUCUGCUUCUCUCCGGGAGAUGGUUUGCUUCUUGCUGGUUAUGAAUCCGGUUUGCUCGAAUUAUGGCAGCACAACACAGUGGUUAGCUACAAACAGGCCUCAGACAGCGCCAUCACAGCGAUCUGCUCCAUGCCUGAUGGCCACUAUGCUGUCAGCUACAUAAAACCUGCUGUUGAUGUGUUGAAGCUUGUGUGGAAUCAACAACACGGCACUGCGAGCCUGGUGAAGGUAAACUCCUACAAAGUGGACUGCACGGUGGUCCACCUCAACUACUGCUCAGUCCUGCUCGGCGUGUCACAGGAUGGAAAAAUAUUUGAAGUCACAGUUGAUGAAGAAGACAAGUGGUCCAGGACAGCAAACAACUGGGAGCAAAGAGUCCGAAUUUUGGGUUCGAUCCCGAACGAUGAGAAGAGCAUGUGGCUGGUGGGCGAAUCAGAUGGAGAAGUUCACAUUGGCUUUGUUUUUGCCAUGGGCCCCAAAAAUGCAUUCCAUUCAGCUUUCAGCUCGAUGAAUCUAGAGACCGAUGAGGAGGAGAAGAAGGGGAGCCUGAUAUCAGCCAUAACUGUGAACAGAGAUUUUGUUGUGUGUGGCGACGUGAAGGGCAACAUGUGGUUCAUUCAGCCUCCUGAGCCUUCAUCCUGGAGAAGCAGAAAACCUGCCCACAGUGACAGGAUCAGUGUGCUGAGACUCACUGACCGCACCAUCAUCUCAGCCUCCCACGACAGGACAGUAAAGCUGUGGGACAGAAACACCAAGAAGCAGGUGGGUAUGUUUGUGUGUGGAGGACCUGUUCUGCAUUUGGAGGUGAACCCUGAAAACCCCACUGAACUGGUUUGUGGUGACGGACAGGGAAAGCUCUACUUCCUCUCCUGGAAAGAAUAAUCUUCAACAUAUUCCUCACUAGAUUCAGCUGUUAAGAAAAGCGCUUAAUCGCUCCACAAACCUGUGAUUGCCAGGAAUGUUCUGCUGCCUCUUUGCUUUAGUGCCUUUGAAUAUGCAAUAAAUGUAUUUAAAAAAGAAGAAAUAUUUACACUACAUAUAGAGAUACGAAUCUGUGUAAUAAAUGUAAUGCGAUGUUUACAUGUGCCUUUACUUUAGAUGGCAAAAAACUUGCAAAUGUAACAAGCAAGUACGAAAAAAAAAUAACUAAACCUCCAAAAUAUUAUGUUAUUGUUUUGUAUGAGGUGACUUAUUUUUUUUAUUUGUAACAGGAUGAAAAUAGAAAUGUGGGAUAUGAAACACUUGAAAAAUGGGUGCAAGAACCAUAAAUUGUUUUCUUUGACAUUAAAAUAAUAUUCACAUCA